AUGUGUCAGAUGAAUGUUGAAACCUGAAGUCUAUACGAUGCACAAUUAUAAACUCUGGCUUAAUACUUAAAACUAGACUUUUAGAGCAGGACAUACUUGUUAAUUGGCAGUACUCAAAUUUGACCUCGUUAGAUGAGUCGACCCUUGGGUGAGGUGGGUCCUGGCGUGGAUUAGGCCCGGUUUAGCUUGGUUUUGUAGAAGGGUGGGUCUUUGUUCCGUGCCAUGGUUUAAGUCACCUGAUCCGGAGAACUUAUAAUCUAACUGUAGCUGCGCAUCAUGGCGAUCGUCUUGUUUUAUUUUUGUGGAUUGUGGACUAAUCAUGGCACAUGAUGAAUGGGAUCCAUAAGAAUGAGAUGAUUAGAUUGGUGUGGUGCAUGGAUAAGUGAUGCAGACGGCAGAAGAUACUUCUCUUUCAAUGCAUCGGGCUUGUCCACAAUUGAUCUAACAAAAAAAAAAAAAGAAAAAGAGAGAGAGAUUUUUAUAUUAAUAACAAAAUAAAAAAUUGAUUUUAAUGCGUGAAAAAUUGCUAACUGAAAUUUUAAUCAAAUGAUAGUUAAAGCUCUAUAACCUUUUUUUUAAAUUUUUAGGCGCACGAGACUGUACUAGAAGUUGUAAUCGAGCUAAGUAGUUAGAAGUUUUUAAGUUUGACACGGUUCAGAUUACUCAAGAUCAAAUUUGAUUCGAGAUCGAUUGAGCCUCAGCAUCGAAGUUCGAAUUUGAUACUCAAGCUCGUAUUUGAAUAUCAUAGGGCCAUACUUAAAUUUGAACUUUGAACAUAAUUUAAAAUAAAUAAUUAAAAUAAAAUAUCUCUCGAGCUGUUUGGCUCGUUUGCACUCUAGAGCCUAGACUAGUUGAGUACAAACAUUCAAAUCUUCAUCGUUGCUUGCUCCGCAUGACCAAUCACAACACUAGCAAUACAAAAGCCGCUUUUCCGUGAUGCCAAAUAUUCUUCUCGAGAUGCUGCUUCCCGACCAAAACUAUGCUCCUCUCACCCUCGAGAGCUUCGCGCCACAGCUCAGCACUUGCGCAAUCUCCUUCCCUCUUAUAUCCCCCCACCUCCAAAGCCACUCCCAUCGCUCCACCUACCGCACCUACCAAUCCCAACUUCACUUCAAGCUCGCCGGCGAUCGCACACAGCCAUGUCCGAGACCCCGGACAUCCGAGAGGCACCGGAGAAUCCCGACCGGCUGAAGGAGGACGCUCGCAAGGAGUCGCAAGCGAAGCUCGAGGAUCCACCGAGGAGUCUGGAGCUCGUCGGAUGGUUCGUUUAUGGCCUUUGCUCGUACUUUGUUUACACAGUCCUCAUUCCGAUACUUUUUCCUCUCCUCAUAGUCCAAAGAGCGUCUCUCACCUCCGACCUGCCUCCGCCACCGGCCUACACAUCCAGAGGGGUGGUGUGCUCUCCAGACGAAAUGACCCUAUACCAAAGGCUAAUCAAUCAUUCAAUUAAGGUCGAUGGCGCCAAGUUCUCCCCUUUACAAUGGACAGCAAGCUCAUGGGCUGCAGGAAUCCUCCUCACCGGCCCUAUCCUCCCCCAUGCAGCACACUACCUCGACCAGGGAGAAGGCCAAUCUAUAGUUCUCGGCGGCGCCACCGCGAUCGCUGCCUUCUCAUGUCUUCUCACCGGAUUCUUCAAGACAACAUGGCUCUUCCCUGUCUUCAUUGCUGUGAUCGCCGUUGCAACCACCGUUGGCACCACCGCACACAGCCGCAACCUAGGCCUCAUGAUCCGCGGCCACACUGCGCAUGUCGCCGGAAAAGACCACUUCCCACGCCGUCGGGCUGCUGCGAGCUGGCUAUCCUUAUUUUGCACCACCGGUGGCUCCAUCGGGGCUGCCAUCAUUGCUGCCUUCACCUAUCACAUGCUCCGCCGCUCCGACAAGCUCACUAGCCUAUGGGUGGUCUCCAUCUUCAGCGGCCUCAUGUUAUCCGUCGGCAUUUGCCAUGCCUUCUCAUGUCGGCCAGCUCCACCAUCCUCAGCACGCUCCUCAGCAAAAUGUGCUCAUUUCAUUGCAAUUGCUACGUAUCCGCAUGCCAUCGGCAGCCUCAUUGCCGUGUUAUUUUCGUCGUUCUCGUCGAUGUGCAUCUUCACGAGCGGCACUCUAUAUAUCAUCGGCGAUCUUUGCAUCAAACCAGUCAUGUUGCUAUCUCUGUGGAUGAUCUACUUCAUAUUUCCUAUGUUUUCUCUUCCUACACUGCAUCCAGUUCAGCUUAUCAUGCGGGCUGAUGCCGUAAGCAUGCAGCUGCUUGGAUUCUUUAUGUCUGCAUUCACGUCGGGGCUCGGUUUCUACUACAAGGACAAGAAGUGGGAGCCAGUUCAUAUGGUUCUUGUGGUGCUUCUCCAGAGCACGGCAGCCGGGGUGCUGCAUGCCUUUGGGAGGGUGUUACUGUUGGAUUGCUCCCCGGCGGGCAAGGAAGGGGCAUUCUCAGCAUGGCUUGCUUGGGUUAAGGCGGCCGGUGCGUUCGCUGGGUUCGCAGCUGGAUCGGCGGCGCCCGGCAACGCCGGGAAGGCAUUCGGUGCUGCAUUCUUGGGGAGCUUUGUGGGAGUGGUGGUGCUGAUCUUUGGAAACGUUAGUAAUUUGGGAGGAGUUGUGGCUGCAGGGCAUGUGAAAGAGGAGGAGAGAGAGGACGGUACUCCUGCUUGUGGGUUGGACAGGGUUGGAGAUGGGGAAAAUGGGGUUGGAGGGAGCUCGAAUUCCGGUGAGAUGAGCGGAGGACAAGAGAAAGGAGGAGUUUGA